UGGGCCACCUGAAAAAGGAAGAGCUGAAGAACCUCCAGUUCCUGGUUCCUAUCAGCUUUCUUUUGCUUGUCCGCCACCAAUUUCAGAGCCGAUCGAAACGGCCCUCUGCCGGAUUUCUCCCCAAGCUGCUGAGGUUGAAUUGGAAGAUUGGAAGAUGGCUGAUGAUCUGAUCACCCGAUACUGGUGUUACAUGUGUCGGCAAAGAGUGAACCCGGUCAUGGAGGUGGAACCUAAAUGCCCCUUCUGUGACAGUGGGUUUGUGGAAGAAAUGGAUGGAAUGGAAGUACCUGAAACUGAUGAUGUUGGAUCUGAGAGAGUCCUUUCUCCAUGGGCUUCUAUCCUACUAGGGAUGAUGGCUAAUCCUUCACGUCGCCGCCGUGGCAGAAGGAUCUUGAGGAUUGAAGAAGAUGAUGACUCUGAUCUGGACCGUGAGCAGGAAUCCUCUGCACGGAGGCGGAGGAGGGAGUUGGAGGAUGAAGAUAGAAGGAUGGGGAGAGAAGAAGAAGAGAAUGAGUCAGAAUCUGAGCGUGAAUUGGACUCUAAUCUUCGAAGAAGGAGACGGAGUACAGCCAUACUUCAAUUUCUUCAUAGCAUUCGUGAAGAUUUUCGUUCAGAUUCUAAUGAAGCAGACAGGGAAAGGGAUGGGGACAGGGAAAGGGAAAGGGAUGGGAACUGGGAAAGAGAAAGAGAACGGGAUAGACGGAGUCUGAUCUUAAUCAAUACUUUUAAUCAGGCGGUUGUUCUCCAAGGAUUCGUUGAUUCAGAUCAAAACCAAAGCCAAGACUCGAAUGGUGCUGCCUUUGGUGCUUCCAUUGGAGAUUACUUCAUUGGAUCAGGACUGGAUUUGCUGUUGCAGCAUCUGGCUGAGAAUGAUCCAAACCGCUAUGGCACACCUCCUGCCCAGAAAGAGGCGGUAGAUGGGAUGCCUACUGUGAAAAUUGAAGAGAAUAUGAUCUGUCCAGUCUGUUUGGAAGACUUUGAAAUUGGAAUGAAAGCUAGAGAAAUGCCAUGCAGACAUUAUUUUCAUUCUGGGUGUAUUUUACCAUGGUUGGAACUCCAUAGUUCUUGCCCUGUGUGCAGAUUUCAGUUGCCUGCAGAUGAAACAAAGACUUCUAGAGGGCUAACUGAUAGCAGUAGGCUAGGGGGGAGCGGUCGGGAUGGCGGUGUUGGUGGUACGAGAAAUAGGUUGAGGGCUUCUGCCUCACGGCCUUUCAGUGGCCUCUUCUCAUUUUCAGGCUCUCAGGGUGAUGGAAAUCCUUCCUCAUCUACAUCUGAUCACAACUCCCCUUCAGAAGAGAAUUAAAGAUGUUUCUUUGAUGUCUAUAUCCUACUUUUGUUGCACUUGUGAUUCCAUAUAUAUUGCUAUGGAAUAUAAAACCAGAAAGCCCUUUUUCUUAAGCAGCUCUAAACUCGCAGACUUAUUUAUUUUUGGUGGAGCUGAUUUUUACUCUAUAAUGGUUCCGGCAGUCUACAGAAUCUGGAAAGAAGUGUCUUGGUGAAUGAUAUUCUGUUUAUGAUCUGGUUAUCUAUGCACACUUGUGUGGUGGGAGCAUGGCUAUGUGGGUUUGUGUUUUGUGCUACUCCUGCGUGUCUGUUCAUGUAUUUUGUUUCAGAUUUUGAAUAUGCAGCUGCAUUUUUAAAUGUAGUGGAAGUUAUUGGCACUUGGCAUGUAAAUUUUUCUUAAUUGAGGAUUUAUGUACAUACGACACAAUUCUUA